GGAAGCGCUGAGCGUCGCUGAGGCGGAGAGGCCGCGGGUGAGGCGGGGAGCCAGCGGCGGGUGCAGCAAUUGUGUGCCAGAAAUAUGGCUACGGACUGGCUCGGGAGCAUCGUGUCAAUUAAUUGUGGAGAAAGCUUGGGAGUCUACCAAGGACGAGUGUCUGCUGUGGAUCAGGUCAGCCAGACCAUUUCCCUGACACGACCCUUCCAUAAUGGGGUCAAGUGCCUCGUGCCAGAAGUCACCUUCAGGGCAGGUGACAUUACCGAGCUGAAAAUUCUGGAGAUCCCAGGGCCAGGGGACAGACAAUGUGGGGAUCUGCAGCAGACAGAAAUGGGCAUCCCUGGUGUUGGAUGCCAAGUGGGUCCCAGUCAGAAUGGCACCGGAAAAGUGUUAAAGAAGCCCAUCUCCAGCAGUGCCCCGCAGAAUAUCCCGAGGAGAACGGACAUGAAGAAUCAGGAUAUUAUCAUCUCUCCACAGCAGCAGUGCUCCAAGAGCUACAUGGAUCGACAUGUGGAAACAUUGACUCAAUCCAAAGGCUUCCGUCGUAGACACAAUUCCUGGUCAUCCAGUAGCCGUCAUCCGAACCAAGUGACUCCAAAGAAGAGUGGCCUGAAAAAUGGGCAAAUGAAGAGCAAAGAUGAUGAGUGCUUUGGGGAUGACAUUGACGAAAUCCCAGACACAGAUUUUGAUUUUGAAGGGAACCUGGCCCUUUUUGACAAGGCAGCUGUGUUUGAAGAGAUUGAAACUUAUGAGAGGAGGAGCGGCACGCGUUCCCGGGGGACCCCAAAUGAGAAACCAGCUCGCUAUCGGCACGAUGAGAACAUCUUGGAAUCGGAGCCCAUAGUCUACAGAAGGAUUGUCGUACCCCAGAACGCUAACAAAGAAUUCUGCACGGACUCCGGGCUGGUCGUUCCAAGCGUGUCUUACGAGCUUCACAAAAAGCUGCUCUCGGUUGCCGAGAAGCACGGGCUGACUCUGGAGCGGAGGCUGGAGAUGACGGGAGUGUGCGCCAGUCAGAUGGCCCUGAGCCUCCUUGGGGGACCCAACAGGCUGAAUCCGAAGAACGUGCAUCAGCGGCCCACGGUAGCCCUGCUGUGCGGCCCCCACGUGAAGGGGGCCCAGGGGAUCAGCUGCGGACGGCACCUCUCCAACCAUGACGUCCACGUCAUCCUUUUCCUGCCCAACUUUGUCAAGAUGCUGGAAUCCAUCACCAACGAGCUGAACCUUUUCAGCAAGACGCAAGGCCAGCAGGUGUCCAGCGUGAAAGAUCUCCCAGAUACCCCUGUUGACCUAGUGAUCAACUGCCUGGAUUGUCAUGAAAAUGCCUUUUUGAGAGAUCAGCCUUGGUACAAAGCAGUUGUGGACUGGGCCAACCAGAACCGGGCGCCCGUCCUCAGCAUAGACCCUCCGAUAAACGAAAUGGAGCAGGGCAUCGACGCCAAGUGGUCGCUGGCCUUGGGCCUGCCCCUGCCCCUGGGCGAGAGGGCAGGGCGCGUGUACCUCUGUGACAUUGGCAUUCCCCAGAAGGUCUUUCAAGAAGUGGGAAUAAACUACCACUCGCCCUUCGGCUGCAAAUUCGUCAUCCCCCUGCACUCCACUUAGAGCCCAUCCAGCCACAUGGCUCUGAAGGGAGAGAAGAGAGAAGGAGGAGGUCUGUCAAAUAAGCUGUCCAGUGGAUCCUGACUAGUAAGCUCGUGACACCUUAAGGAUGUGAAGUUCUGGAGAGUUUUCCUUCCAGAAGAAACAUUGUGUAUUUAAAAAAAAAAAAAAAAGAAUAAUCAUAAAAUGAAACAAAAAAAGAAGGAAGCGAAUGUUCCUGCAAAGCUGUUUUCAUUCUCUUGUGCCAUUGUGUGAAGGAACAUGCAGGAAGAUGGUGUCUGUCCCCGGCGAAGGCGGCCGCUGCUGCCCAGGCCCGGCCGGGAGGCUGUUUAAUGAGGGGAUGUACGUGGAGGUGGUACAAGCGACGGGUGGUUUGCAGAUUUGAGAUGUUUCUGUCCUUCUGGGCAGAUAGACCCAGCAAGGGCGUCCUGGUGGGAACAGCACCCCUUGAUUGUGUAGAAAUACCUUCUGUUGCAGUCGUAUCGGGAGGGAGGAUUUGGUUUCGUUCCAUUGUUCUUUUUGACUUCCCCCUCCCCUGUUUUAUGUUCCAGAAGGCAGUUGUAGCUCGCUCUCCCUCCUGGACCCUCCGGCCCCUCAAGGAGAGCGUUCCCUCUUCGGAAAGCUUGUGUCAAGAGCCAGAAGCUCUCAGGUCGCACAUGCUCUGGGAACACCGAUGUCCUCAGCUAGGCCUUACUUGCUUAUAUACUCUGUUGGCUUUUUGUUUGUUCGCUUAGUGGGUGAAGCCCAGGUCUAUGGGAGUGAGGCGUGUUUUGGAAAAGAACUUUUCCAGGAUAGUUGUGGUUUUGUUUCUUUUCUUUUCUUUCUUCUUUCUGGCACAGUGAGUGGCUGAAUCAGGGAAAGCAUAGUGAAGCAGGGUCGUGUCACUCUGACUUUGUCGCGUGGUGUAUGGUGCAGGUGAUGUUUGGGUAAGUUCCCCGGUGCUUCCAGUAUCCCUCCUACACUCAGUGUGGUUUGGGAAGUAGGUCAUGGAUCCGUUCAUUCUCUUUGGGCUCGAAGCCUGCGUAUAGGGUGGGCUUGUGUGUGUGUGUGUCUAAGUGCUGGGAACCAGCCUGAGGAAGGACUUGGGUCCUCAGCUCACACAGUCCUGUUUGCCUGCAGGAGAUGGUGUGGUGAGAGCUGCUGCCCUCCUGGAGGGGUACGGCAGGAGGUUCUGGUCUGAAUUACCCUAGGGGACCUGCCCUGGGUUGCUCUGCUAACUGCUCUUGUGCUGCACUCGUUUCCCGUGCGCUGCCAGGAAGCGUUGGGUUAUCUCUUCCUGCGUUCAUUUUGUUGGCCUGAUAGAGCCUUGGUGCAGUGCCGAGAGCAGGGACAAGCUGAGAAACGGUCACCUAGCUGGCUUCGGGAGUCCAUCGUGCUGGCUCUGUGCAUGCUCUCUGAAGGCUUUGCGCCCGGUAGCUGACCCAGGGAAGCGCUGAACCUGGAGUGAUGCAGGAGGUGCUGUAAGGGCGAGCUGUUCCUUCAGAGAAACCGGGCAGAUGGAAGGCAGGGGCCCUGUUCUCGCAAAGAGGCGCUCAGCUCCCUGCUUGCUCCCGAUGCUGUGAGUGUGGGCAGUGCUUGAAGCUCUGCUGCUCUUCUGGUACCUUACCUGUCCCCAGAGCUCUUGCAGGUACCUAAACCUUGCACAGACCCUGUUCUGGCAUCUGGGAGAGCUUCAGACGGUGCCUUUUCUCCAGGGGAGCUGGAUCCCUUCUGAGGCUGAAGCGCAGGGAUGUGUGGAAACGGUCACGUACUGUUGUAGCUGCUCUGUCGCUGUGCUCUGCUAAGCAGGUAGAGUCCCACUUAGCAAACCUAUUGACCCACUUGUGCUCCGAGUGGCGAGGAUUUACAGAUCAGGCGCUUGUCUUUCCCUUUCAUCUGCUUAGAACAAAGGCCAAGUGUAUCAAAGGAGGAGGGAAGAGACUUCCCUGGGUGAAAAGAAGCAGUGGAGCAAUUAAUACUGCCUGGAAGCGUGGAGUGACGGGGGAAGACCCAGCCUGUAGGACAGGAGGCUGGUGAGCGCCGGGCUCGCCCCCACAGCCGCCCGAGGUCUCUUCGCCUGCCAGACCACCUGCACCUUGCCGUAUCUACCUCAGCAGGACGAAGGGCUCUGCCCCUCUCGGUAUCUGGACCCCUGGUUCCCCUGACCUGCUUUCCCCCCGCUGAGGGUUGGACGACUGACCCCGCGUCCGCUGGCUUACGCCAAGUGGCCUUAGCACUCGCACGGAGGGGCUCGAUGACUUGUCAGUGCUGUGACCGGGUGUAGCUCUGCCCUCGCGCGGUUCCUCUCCCGUGGAAAGGGCAAAGCCGAAGCACCUAUUCCUCAGGUGAACUAUGUUUCAGCUAGAACUGUAGUGGCAUUUAACAAGCUGUGGUUCUGACUUGGCCGCACUGGGAAGGGAUGGCAACGUGGUUGGUUAUUUAAAAUACAAAUGCGAGGCUUCCCUCUGCCUUUCUUGUUUCUUUGGCUGUUUCAGCUUCAUCUAAUCUUGAGCCAGGCAGAGGAGCAGCGGCUGAAGGUGGAUGACUGUCCCUUUGUCGUUGCUGUAGUACAGCGUUAGCUUUAGUCCCCUUAUUUUCACUUUCCUUGGUCAAGAGACUCGAUAAGAGAACUUGCUGUUUCAAUUUCUGUUGUCCUUGAACAAGGCUGCAGGCUUUUCUUGCCCCUUCUGGGUUUGGCUAUUAAACUGUAGGUUGUACGCACCGAGCAGUAACAGUGUAGAAAUAUUCCAGGCUUCAUCGCAGGGUCCUCUUCUGCCUCUGCGCUGCUGUGCCACUGGCUGAAGUUACGUGCCCAGAAGGGCACUGAACCAGGUAAAGGUCGUUUUGCAGGCAUGGCAGCUGGGAUCAGCUCUGUACUCGCUGCCGCAUGGCUCCAGGAAGCACUGAGGCCCCGUGCAGCGAUAGGGUUCCCCACGUUUAAGCAAAAAAAAGAUAAAUAAAGUGAGCAGCGUCGCACAACAGGAGGGUACGAACGCUCACGUAAGGAAAGGGAUUCCCAGUCCCUACCUGUGCGGUGUUUAGGGCACAGCAGGCAGCUUUGGGCUGUGUUUGGCACAGUUAAACUUUAUUCUCAUCUCCAGAAAGUGAGCACACUGGAGAUUUGGGUAUUUGGCUGUACUUUCCCUCAGAUACAAAGGCUUACUUGAGGAAGUACUGGCCUCACCCACACGAAAGGCAUCUUACGUGCAGGUGUGAGCUCUUCUGGAGCACUCAGAGACCCAGAGAGGGGUCUGGGUCCCUUCCUCUCCCCCUUCCCCCACGUUGCCGGAGUUAAUUCAAAGAAUGGAACACUUUUUUUAGCUGUGUUUGAGAUAGAUGGAUAGUUUCUACUCACAACCUUAACCACCAUCAUAGGAACUGCCCGCAAGUGCUGCUCUGGUCACUAACAUGUGAAGAUCACUGCACUAUGUCACUGCUUGAUAUUCCAUUUGUGACCUACUGUUUGUAACGACUAAUUCCUGCCGCUACUGGGGGAUGCCCUGAAAUAAAGUGCAACUAUUCAUGUGUGCUA